AUGUCAACUACAACUCUCCAUCAUGUUCACUUCGAGGAAAGUUCAUUUAAACCACAGCAUCAAGCAAAUGCUGCACCGUUAGCCUUGAGUUCUUUUGCAAUGACAUCGUUUGUGUAUUCGAUUUAUUUAACGGGUGCUGGUGGAAUAACAAAUAGUAAUGUUGGUCUCGGUCUGGCUUUAUUCUAUGGAGGCGCCAUUCAAUUACUAGCUGGAUUGUUUGAAUUGAAACGAGGAGAUGUAUUCCACGCCACAGUUUUCUCCUCUUAUGGUGGUUAUUGGAUCUGUUUCGGAUUCGUUCAUUUUGAUGCCACAGGGAUUAUCGCUUCCUAUAAAGAUGAUCCAGAAAUGUUAAAAAAUGCGCUUGGUAUAUUCCUCAUAGGUUGGACGAUUUUUACGGUUUUAAUGUUGAUUUGUGUGCUAAAAUCAAAUCUCGUGUUGAUCGCAAUCUUCUUUUUAAUGGUUUUCAUUAAUGUCUUUCUUACGAUUGCAACCUUUACCGGAAAUAGAUUUUGUGAAGUCGUUGGCGGUAUUCUUGGAGUUAUCGUUGCUUUCUUGGCUUGGUAUUUGUCAAUAGCAUUAAUCUUAACGAAAGAAAAUUCUUAUUUCACCUUAAACAUUUGGCCAAGAGUUCAUCCGAUUACUUCAUCUGAAAAGGUCUAA